UACAUGCUGAGCCUCUUCAGAGGGAGGUGUCACUCCUCCUCCUUUCGCUCCCCCCCCCCCUCUCUCUCGCUCUCUCACACACAGUUCUCUGUGAGUUUAGAAUGACAGAUUGCCUGACAGAGAAAGACAUUCAAAGGAUCCCCUGACAGUGGCAGUUGAACAGCUCUGUUGAUGUCAGGAAUAAUCAUUACUUUCUCAUCCGGGUCUUCUCGCUCCUCUUAUGGUAGUAUUUACUUUGCCCAGACCACGGAGCUGGAACUGGCUUAGACGCCGAGUAUGUAUUAUUGUAAGAGGUGAGGAGGAAGACACUACUUCAGAUUACACGCAGUCUUAUCUGGAACGCAGUAGUUUUAAGUGGAAAGAACUGUUCGCGUGAAAGACAAUCAUUUUUCUCAAAGUCCAUAAGUCUUUUACAGAUGAAUAUUUAAUGGCUUCGGAAUGGAGAUAGCCUUGGUGAGUUUUGAAAACGGCGGCGCAAAAGGGAGCGGUGGAAAUGCCGGCGAAGCCUGCCAAAACGCGCUGGAUCAUCCCCAACCAGGCUUUGUCCAGACAGGAUUCACCGAGAGCUACAAGGAGUCAAACACGUUGGUCAGUCCACCUCAAAGCAAGUGGAAAAUUAACGACAUGAACAACACUUUUAGCUCCAGCGAGAAUACCAUGGAUGCGCUGUUGCGCGCCGACCAUAGUCCGCAUCUGUUUGAUGAGGACAUGCUGGACAUGGACACGGACAACGACAGCAAUGAGAGGGUGUUUAUAAACAUCGCCGGACUAAGGUACGAAACACAGAUGGGCACCUUAAAUCAGUUUCCCGAUAGUUUACUGGGGGAUCCUGGUAAGAGAAUUAAACACUUCGAUCCACUUCGGAACGAGUACUUCUUUGACCGCAACAGGCCGAGUUUCGAUGGGAUUCUCUAUUUUUAUCAGUCGGGGGGAAAGAUUCGGCGACCGGUUAAUGUGUCAAUCGACGUCUUCGCCGAUGAGAUUCGCUUUUAUCAGCUGGGGGAAGAGGCAAUGGAGCGCUUCCGUGAGGACGAGGGCUUCAUUAAAGAGGAGGAGAAACCCUUGCCACAAAAUGAAUUUCAGAAACAGGUAUGGCUCAUAUUUGAGUAUCCCGAGAGUUCCAUGCCCGCAAGAGGGAUUGCAAUAGUGUCUGUGAUUGUUAUCACCAUAUCGAUCAUAACGUUUUGCUUGGAGACGCUGCCAGAGUUCCGAGAUGAGAGAGAACUGCCCGUCACUGUCAGAGGGGACAACAGCACUCAAGUAGGGCCGUCUCUCACCUUCAGCGACCCCUUUUUUAUUAUAGAAACCACCUGUGUGAUAUGGUUCACUUUUGAGCUCUUUGUGCGCUUUUUCGCCUGUCCAAGCAAGUCGGAGUUUUCUAAGACCACCAUGAACAUUAUUGACAUUAUGUCCAUUAUUCCUUACUUCAUCACAGUGGGCACCGAGUUGGCAGAGCAACAGAGCGGCCAAGAACACCAGAACGGCCAACAACAAAUGUCUCUGGCCAUUUUGAGAGUCAUACGGCUGGUUCGAGUGUUUCGAAUAUUCAAACUCUCUCGCCACUCCAAGGGCCUCCAGAUUUUGGGUCAGACUUUAAAGGCCAGCAUGCGCGAGCUCGGCCUCUUAAUCUUCUUUCUCUUCAUAGGAGUCAUCCUGUUCUCGAGCGCCGUGUUCUUCGCAGAGGCGGACGAGCCUGAGUCGCACUUCUCCAGCAUCCCCGAUGCCUUCUGGUGGGCGGUUGUCACUAUGACCACAGUAGGCUACGGGGACAUGAGACCGAUAACGGUCGGGGGUAAAAUUGUGGGCUCACUCUGUGCCAUCGCUGGCGUGUUGACCAUCGCUUUGCCGGUGCCGGUCAUUGUGUCCAACUUCAACUAUUUUUACCACAGAGAGACCGACCAGGAUCAGGCAUCACUCAAAGAUGACAAAGACGUCGGCGCUAACGAAGGUCCAAACGAUGAAAUGAAGCGCAGCCGCAGCAGGUCAUCUCUCAAGUCGACAGAAGACGUGGAAAACAACGACGGGGCGAACACGCCUGUGGAGAAAACUAACAUGAAAGCUAACCGCAGCAUGGAGUUUAAGAAAUCCCUUUACGCAUUUUGUUUGAACACGAGGGAAACAGACUUGUAGACCCUCUGCGUUGUCCUUGAUGUUCACCGUAGAUGGUGACACGGUCGUACUGUGAUUCACUUCUUUGAAACAACCCCUUCUUAGUGUGUUCAAAGGCUUUUGCACAAUGGCAACACGAUAUUGCGAUUCAGGAAAGUUUUGCUACCAUGUUACUUACAAGCACAGCACAUCAUUUUCUAAUUUGAUGAGCACAUUCAUUAAAAUCCCAUUUCAGGCGCCAAUGGAAUAAAAUGGACGUAAUUAUAUUGCACAUUACACACCAUAGGCCUAAAUGCUACAUGUCAUCACAGGAGAAAGCGAGAUGGUCAAAUUGCAGGAUAGGCUGCAUGGAUUGAUAAAGUCUAGAUGAAAAAAAAUGAAUAGUUUGCUGGAUUGGCUUGAUAGUUGCAUUUGACAGAUUUGUUUUGUUGGCCUUAAAUGAACUACAACUACCAACAAAUCAUGUCGACCUUGAAAUAAGUGAAUUACAUAGUCCUAUAUGUUUUUGUUAAAGUAGGCAAUUUUAAUGGGCAUUUUAAUUUUCUUAAUGUACCAUUUAUGUAAAUCGAUGUUUACUGGAAAUCCCGCUGCAAACGCAUUUCAGAACAUGUACAUAUUUUCAAAGUCAAAUAUCAAACUGGUGGUUUUAACUACAAUCUGAAAUAUGAUCAAAAAUAUACGUGUUAGGUUCGUGAAUAGCCUGAACAUCAACCCUUACAUUGAUUCUUCAUUUCAUAAAGAACUGAUUUAUAUUCUUACUAUUAGUCUAUAUAAACGUGUUGCGUUUUUAAGGGGACUUUUUUUUGAAGACGGACUUAAAGAAAAAAAGAAAAAAAAACAUUGACAAGAAAUAAGAAAAUGACUCAAUGACAGCCUUGUUUUCAUGAGGGCACUCUGGAGCGAAACCUGUGUGAUGGGAAUGCCAUGAUGGUAAACAGAGAGAUACGCGGUAAAGAUAAUGUACACAGGAGGAUCUUACCAAAGGAGGAAGGCACAGAGAUAUAUCAUCCAAAGUGAAAGAACCCAUCACAGCAAGACCCCUCACGCAGAUGAAAGACUCCAUUCUCAGAGGAGCAGAGCAGAAUUGCCGCCAUCUGACCAGUGGACAUCUCUCUUCAACGCCAGGAGCGUCAUUCACCGUCAUAUCCCAGCACCACCCUUUCAGAUAAAUCAACAAAAACAAACACAAAAACAAAACUGUGCCUUCAACUAACCCCAGCAGUACUACACCGUUUUGACCUACACCUACAAAACCACAAAGGUGGAGGAGAAACACACAAAAAAAGCACACUGCCCAACGGACGAUCAACAGAUGUUUGUCGAUGGCAGAGGUUCAAGCUCGCCCCUCUCUACGGACUAGAACACAAGGGCAUGUCUUAUGUGAAGUUCUGUUUCUUUUAACCCCCUGUGUUGACAAACGUUCAAUAUUAAUACGAUGUGCUAGUGAUUUGCUUCAUAUUGGAAGAAAUCCCUAUCUGUGCAAUAUCAGUUGAUAUAUUUCUGUGUGAAGCCGUAAUGUGGAAGUAGACUUUUUUGGACGAGUUUUCGGCUCAGUCUGUUUAUUUUUUUAAAUACUGUCCUCCUGAUCUCUAUUUUUCUAACAAAACAAAAAAAGGAAAAAAAAGAAAGAUGACUAUAUAGUAUAUAUAAAUAAACAUAUAUAAAUAUAUAUAUAUUAAAAAAAAAAUCUUCACUGGUGGAGUGGGCAUGGCUCUCUAAGCACAAGGGAGGCCAGCCAUUUUUGUUUUAAGACAGUGGAGUUUCAGACUUAAAAAAAGAGCCUCCCUCACUUUAAGGGCCAAAGCCAUAGCCUGCAAUCAUACUUGUCGGGUUUCGUGGUAAGGAGCACACAAAGAUCCACAUUAUGAACAGCUGAAAAGACUGUGUGUGUGUGUGUGUGUGUCCUUGCUUACUCUGAAGAUCUUACAGACGACAAAAGUAAGACCAAGGUGUUGGUGUGUUUAUUAUGUGAAGCUUUGGUUUCCUACAUCAGGUGAAUUGAUUUUACUGACGUAGCUAGCCAUUCUCUACCUAAUUGUGGCCUGUUCUCGCUGAACGUCAAUUUAUUUUGUACUCCCUCCUGCAUAUCAAUACAUUACUUGGUGUGUGUAGAUACAUGUGAGCGUGUGUUUGAAUGGUGGGUUAUGUUGGUAAUCAAGACCUUCUUUAACUGCAAUUUUGUGACUACGUGGAACCUGUAUCCUUUAAGCUGCUACCUUGUACUGUGUGGUCUGGAUAUAUCCAGCGUUAUUCCUAAUUAAUUAUCCUUGAACAAUCAACUCACUCAAUACCUCGCAUAUAAUGUUAUAUUAACAAUUUAGAGGUAACUUGUUAUUUGUACUGUAUUUUGUCAUUGGUUUAUAUGAUGUUAGCAUAUGUCACUAAAUCUCCCUCUGCCCCCUCCCCAAACCUUCCACAGCAUUUUAUUUAUUUAUUUUAAUUUAUUUCCAUAAUAUGCAGUUGAAGCACUGUUGAAUAAAGCUGAACAAAUUCAUAGUAAAUCUCACGAGAUGCUAAAUUUAAUUUAGCACAAUGUCCUACAUUUAUACAGUCUCUGUUAUAAAUGACGAGGAUUUUGCAAUUUGAUAAAUUUGCAAAUAAAUCUGACUGAAAAUUCUGACAUUGCAUGUCACUUACAAGUGUGAAAGAGAGUUAAGUGCCAAUUGAUCUGUGUACAAAUGCAGAUUCUUGGAGAGUCUUAUAUUUUAUAAAUUUUACUUUUUUAGGGGUAAUCAUUGCCAGAAAAGACAGAAUCAUGGAAACAGUUUGUACACUUGCCUUCUAUUGAAAAAAAAAUCAAGUCAGGACAGUUUGCUAUGCACUGGCUUAUAGAUGAAAUCACAGUACUUACUUUAGGCCUGAGUUUCACCUCCACAACACAAUAUCGAAUCAUAGCGGGUUUGCUUCAUAAUUCCUGUAAAUAAAUAAAAUAGGAGUAUACAUUUAUUUUAGAAAUGUGAACUUGUGACCAAGAGAUCAGUUCAGUUCAUGAACAGUUCAGAAUACAAGUCAUGUAUUCAGAACACAGGCCGUCCUAAUGUCCACUGAGCAAAAGGACAACAUAAAAUUACAAAAUAAUUCAUUACACAGUAUAUUAAUUAAAAAGAAACCCCUAAGCAAUGGAAAAGAAAUUGAGAGACUGGCUGUUGACAUUUUUGAAACCAUAGUAGGCUAUAACAUACACACUUGGGUUGAUAUCACAUGUUAUUGCAGAGGUCCCCAACCCAUCCCACUUCACCGGUUAGUGCCACUUCCUCUAACCCGUCAGGUUUCGUGUUGCUCCAUUAUCCGGCCAUGCAUCCUCCCCUCCCUUAAUGACUCCGCCUCAUGCUCCCUCCCAAAAUGAAGCUGCCAAAUUGGUUUUGAAGCCAAAUUUAUGAUGUUCUCUAUAUAUGUGUCUGGCUGAAGUGUUUUUACAUGUAAAACCUCAUCCCUUUAAAUGUUACAUUGUGUUUUUAAGGAAGAGAAAAUAUCAAUCCUGUUUGU